AUGGCCUUGCGAGCACAGAUUGCUACGUUGUACAUCAUUUUAGGCACAGUCAGUGCCAGUGUCUUCAUGAAUCGCCACCAUCACCGCGGUCCUCCAGAAAUGAAAGAUUUUCAACAAAUCUUGGCUGAUAUGUUCAAUCCCACGUCUAUGCAAGGAAUUUUACAAAUAAAGCCGAUGAAUCAUCCUGGUAUAUUAGGAUUUGGAAGCUUUGGGGGUCCAGGAAUAGGAGAUUACAGCAACGCAAUGGUUGGAUCAAACCAAGGCAGAUACGGGUUUGAUGAUUCCCCUCCAAUUGAAUCUCCAUCAGUAGAAAGGGAAAACGGUGUCGGUCAAGGUCCAGUUUAUAACUUUGAUCAAUCAACACAGGAUUUACCUGAUUAUAAAAAUGAAGGUAGAGAUCAAAACAAAGAAGCUGAAAAUAAGUCAAUAAAGGAAGUUGGUGAACCAGAAGCUAAAGAAGGCGAACAGAAAUCAGAUAAUUCACCAGAUAAAGCAAAGGAUUCUCUAAAGAAAGAAUCAGAUGAUGAAUCCAUCAACAAACAUAGAGAUAAGGACGCUAUAAUCUUCCCUGACAAAGUAAAACAAGCAAAGGAUAAAAUUGCUAAAGAAUCAAACUUUUAUGUAAGUCCACAAGGCUCCAAUGAAUAUGCAAGCACAGGGCCGCAAAUUAUAUAUGCUGUUAGUUUAGGUCCGAAUGGGCCAACAUCAAACCAAGCUCCUUUUCUUUCUAAUACUGGUGCUAGUUCUAUUCAAAGUCAGCCCUCAGAAAACGUUCCGAAUUACCCAUCAAACAACGUCAACAUCCAAAAUGCUCAGCCGCAAUAUCAAUCUAAUGGAAAUAUACCAAAUGGUAAUAAUAUCCCUAAAAAUCCUGCUUACACCCUUGUUACUCUUCCCAGCAAUGGCAAUAACGGUAUCAAUAGCAAUAACCCAACAUAUGUAACCAAUAAUCCUUCGUAUACAUAUCCUUCUCAGCAACUGACAUAUCAGCCUGUUAACAAUGCAGUACAGUAUUAUAUGGUGUCAAUGAAUGGCCAAAAUGUCUUGAUUCCCGUUAGCAACGUCCAGACUCCAACUGAUCAAACAACUGGUGAAAAUAAACGUUUUAAUUUAGUGCCAAUUAAUCCAGGUAAUUUAAUACCUAAUAAUGGUCAAGUCAAUUAUGGAUCAACAAAUAGCCCUAAUACGCCUCCAGCACAACCUAAUGGACAAAUUCAAUAUAUAGCUGUCCAAUUGCAACCUCAGAAUAAUCUGCAAAAUAACAACCAAGUCCAUUAUGUACCAAUUAACCAAGGAGUGGUCCAAAAGCCAGCACCAAGUACGGCACAAGAACAAGUCAAUUAUGUGCCCGUAAAUGCACAAACUGUUAUACAAAUGCCACUACAAAACAACCCUCCAGAUGGUCAAGUAUCGUACUUGUCAGGAAACACUCCGCAACUUGUUCAAGUCGCUCAGCAGAAUGGACCACUGGGUAGUAACCAAGUAACGUACGUGCCAGUAAGUUCUCAAUCAGUACUUCAAGGGGCAUCCAACAGUCGUACAAAUCCUGGACCAAUUUCUUAUAUGCCACUUAAUUCUCAGAAUCCUUCUACUACAAGCCAAUUCAACUUGGUUCCGUUAAAUACUCAGAACAACGGACAAAAUAAUAUAGUAGCUUUAACGCCUGCAAAUUUAGUGUCAGAUGGUAACGUACCUUUGAUAGUAUUUAAAGAAAAGGCUGAAGUUACUAAAAAAGAUGGUAAACACAAGAAAAAUUAA